AUGCUUAACAUCUACCUAAAGAUUUUCCUUAAAGCACAGAGAAAGGCAUACUCAAAUCAGGGUACAACCAAUCAGAACUCUGUAGGCAAAUCACAGAGAAAGACCAUCAAAACACUUGGUAUCAUUAUGGGGGUAUUUCUAUCAUUCUGGACACCAUUUCAUGUCUCCAACUGCAUUGAUCCCUUUAUUAGUUACUCUACGACACUAGUUGUGUUUGUAACAUUUAUAUGGAUUGGCUAUUUGAAUUCAACUAUUAAUCCCAUGGUGUAUGCAUUCAUUCACAGUUGGUUCAGUAGGGCGUUCAGAAUGAUAAUUUCUGGUGAAAUAUUUCAAACUGAUUCUUCAAUAAUACAAAUGUUUUUGCUAAAACCAGUACUGCCAAAGAAGUGUGAAAAAUGUGCCUUGCUCCUAGUCCUUUUUUAAAUCACAUCAGAGAUGUGUAUAGGAUUCAAAAGCAAUUACAAUCCAGUUGUCACCAAAACCUUUUUUAUUAUAUUAAUAACAUCAUUGUAUUUGAACAUGGGGGAGACUGCAGUAGACCUAUCCACAGCAAAUCCAGUAAUGUCCACUCGUGAAAGUUACUGUGUUCUCUUUACUCCCAUAAGUUACCGACCGGCUUGAAAUUGUGUUUUUUACAUCGGAUAAAAGUAGAGACAGAGCUAGAAAAUGGGAUAUCAUACACUACAGUUGAGGAACAAUGGGAAAGUAAUUCUGCUUUGAAAGUUGAUAAACUUGUAACCUCACUUUUGUGAAAAUGGUACACCUACUGGAGAGCUCUUCUUUGUCUACACCCAUUCAACAUUUUUCACACCCUCUAAAGCCUUAGCCCCACCCAUCUCUUUAAGGAUUAACAUGUGAGGCCAUGUACUAAACAACCAAAGCUUUCAAGACUAAAGGCUGGUUUAUACUACGGGUGUGUUUGUAAAUUUAAUCUGGAGUGCCACAGUGUGCUCAGAGCGCACUCUGGGCGUUCGUAAACUCAGAGCGUUGUCAGAUUGUCCGUUUGUAAAUUCAGAGCGUUUUGCUCUCGGAGCGUUCAGAGCGCAUACUGGAGCUCUGGCCGAGGAGUAGGGUUGAUCCGAGUGUUCUGACCUAACAACAGCAGUCAAGUACCCAAGCUAACUGGCUAACGUUGGCUAGCUUGCUAGCUACUUCCAGAACAGCUCACAAUUUUACUCACCCUAGUAGAGCUGGUUGGGCUGUUUUUAUGUUAUCAAGGGCGUUGGUGACUGCAACUGUGCUGCUGGCAACAAUUUAAUUACUAAUUUUUGCCAACGUUUACUGACACCGGCCAUAUUCAACGGGUGUUAAGUGUUCAUAAAUUCGUCAGUUAUUCUGCGCUCUGGCACACUCAGACAAGAGUGCUCUGAAAUUGGAGUAGAUAGCCAAAGCGAAUUUACCAACUACGUCCAUCGACAGUUGACAUCAUGAAUAUUAUAUUUAAAUGGUUACUUGUAUAGUGGAGUCUUUUGUUUAGACAUGUAUGUCACGCCCUGGCUCUGAGGACUCUUAAAUGUUGAGCCAGGGUGUGUCGUUUCUAUGUUGUGUUUUCUAUGUUUAGUUUCUAGAUCGUUUAGAUCUAUGUUGGCCAGGGUGGUUCCCAAUCGGAGGCAGCUGUAGCUCGUUGUCUCUGAUUGGGGACUAUACUUAGGUAGCCUGUUGGCACUAGUGGGUUGUGGGAUCUUGUUCCGUGUAAGGUAUGUUGUUUGUAUGCUACCUUGGACUUCACGUUUCGUUUGUUGUUUUGUCGUGUGUUUAGCCGUAAAUAAAUAUGAAUGUACAUCACGCUGCGCCUUGGUCCUUCUCGUCCGUAAACGAUCGUGACAAUGUAGCUAGCUAGCUAGCUAAACAAUGAACCAUAAUCCCAACUCAAAACAUUACUACCCUGCAUGAAUUUGCAGGUAGCUAACCAACCAGGUUCAAUAUUAGCUAGCUAACAUUAGGCUAUAACUGGCAAUGCAAAUGGCUCUGCGAUACGAAUAAUAUAACUACACAGCAAGCCAGCCAGCUAACGUUAGCUAGCUAGCUAACAGUACACUUUAACUUGAAAUUAAAAUGACUUUCUGACAAAAUUAGAAACGUGUAAUAUCUGAAAAUGUAGCUAGCUAGACUAUCUUACCCGUAUACAUGGAUGGACGCUUCUCCCUCUCUAUCACGGAUGCCAUGGUUGCCCUUAGUUUGAAGAUGUAAUCCAAAAAUAGGUGUUUUAUACAACAGCCUUCUGUGUGUUCUCUUUUCGACUCCGUCUGCAUAUUUGCAAUGAAACGCCAACAUUUUCUCCAUCUCCUUAGCUAUCAUACUCUAAUUCCAAUGAUUUCAAAACUCAGUCCUCCAGAAAAUGGAGAGCAACACUUAUGCAAUUCUACUACAUGAUAUCUUUCAAAAAAGCCAGCGGCGUAACAAAGGAUUACCAACACAUACUGACCAGCUCAUGUUAUAGACAGAAGCGUUCUACAUGGCAGACCAAUCCGAACUCAUCUCUCAGCAUGUCCAGCCCACUCAUUAUCUCAGCCAAUCAUGGCUAGCGGGAAGGUUGCUGUCUUUUUCUGUGGCUAAAUCAACUAGGCUUGUAAUUUAACGAUUUUAUUCAUAUUUACAGAUGGCAAACAAGUUUGUUAUUAAGGCACAUGAAAGUGCACAUGUUCCAGAAGGCAUUUCUGCUAGAAAAAGCUUUUGAUUAAAAAAAAAAGUUUUAGUUCAAAUGGCAACAUACAGUAUGUCUAGUUUCCUGAAACGAGUCACAUAUCUAGUACAUUUUAUUUUAUUGUUCACAAAAUAUAAACAUACACAGAGAAAAGACAACAGACAGACGCACACAAACAUCAAUGACAUCACACCUGCCCCACAUGCUCCCACCGCAUCCAUCACCACCGCCUCCAAGACUCUAUGCCACAUGGCCUCAAACUGUGCCACUCUGCCCUUCUCUGUCGCCUACGCCCUUUCAAUAUUCAAAUAAUAAUGUAUUUGAUUCUUCCACAGUCCCAAUGAUGGAGGAUCUCUUGAUUUCCAGUUUGUAAGUAAAAGUUUUUCUAAAUGAUUGAUGAGAAAAGUAUGGUCCAACCGAUUGGGUAUCUCACCGCACCCUCAUAUGCCAUGUCUUGAAAUAUGUAGAUAGACUGAAUUAAAAGUACAUUUACAUUGUAAAACUUCUGACAGCCAACUUUCCAACUCCGCCCAUAACUUUUGGACUUUAUAGCACUCCCAAAAGGCAUGAAUUAUUGAGUCCUUGUUAGUUUUACACUUAAGACAUGACUCUGCUGUUGUGCCAUAGAAUUUGUGAAUUUUGUCUCUUGUAUAAUAGAUUCUAUACAUUAGUUUAUACAGGAUUAAACGUACAUUUCUAUUAACUGUAAUUUUAUUAUGUAUGUUCGAACACUCCCUCCAUCUUGUGUCAAUAUCAAUUAUUUUUAUGUCUUGGUUCCAAUAGUUUAUAUUUUUUUUCGAAGAGAUUGACAGUUAGAUAGGCUCUCUGCAAGGUUUAUUAUAUCUUACCUAUCAUAUUCAUAUCCUUUUCUGACUCAAAUAGGAUUCCCUCAACGUUGCUCUGAUGUGAAAAAGAUUUCAUGAUAUAAAACUUUUAAGUUGCAUGUAUUUUAAAAUGUUUACAUUGGUCAGUCCAAAAUGGCUUUUAAUUCUGUCAUGGAAAUAAUAGUAAUACAAAUGAUAAUUGUACCAAGUCAUUUACGGUUUCCAUGCCUUUAGUUUUCCUUGUGGGCCAAUUUAUCGGUGAAUUCGAAAAAGCUAUGCAAGUAUUUUUCCAAGGGCUGUAUUUUUGGGAGUGAUAUUGGUUCUUGUGGAAUCUGUUUAAUUUUCUUUCAUAUUGUUAUAGUGUUUUUAACUAUGAAGUUGUUAAUGUUCUUACCUUUAUCCUUUGAAAAUAGACACGUGAAAAGAUUCUGAGGAUGUACAGUACAUGCGCAUCUUCAAUAUGUACCCAUUGUUCCUCUUCAGGAUUAUUGAGUUGUCUAAUUCUAAAUUAAUAUAGAUUUUCAUAGGAGCUUUUAAAAUUGUUAUUAAUACCAUUGUUGUUUCUAAUUAAAGCAUUUGUAUCCUUAUCUUUUAAAAUUAUACCUGGUUUGGUAUGUAUUUGUUUUGUGAGGGCUGCAAGGUGUUUACCAGGUUUAUUUGCCAUUAAAUAGUAUGCUUUAUUUGAAUUUAACUUGAAAAAGAUCAUAUUCCUGUUUAAGUUCAGAAAAUGCAUUUUCUUCUUAACCUUGUAAAUAUUUUUGAGGGUCUUUUUCUAAUACAGUAAUUGAUUUGUCUUAAAUGUAAUUAAAUUUUGUGGGUUGGCUUUUCUCUGUCCUCUGUGUCUACAUUUGUAAUGGUAAAGGUCUUUAUUUUUUUGUUUACCUAUUUAAUACAUUUCGGGUCUUGAAGAUGUGCUCUGUUCAUUCUCCAUAUUCUGUCGCUAAGUGUAUUUUCUGUUGGUGUAAUUAAGCAUGAUACAGGAGAAUAAUCCGAUAUCACUAUGUCAUGGAUUUCUUUAACCCAGUAUAUAUUUUUGGAAAUAAAAAUGUAGUCAAUUCUUGAAUAGCUUUUCCUUUUUUGAGGGAAAAAAAGGAGUAGUCUUUUGUAGUUGGGAAUAGUAAUCGCCAGGUGUCCUGUAAAUUAUUUUGUAGAAAAUACAGUUUUCAGCCCCUUUGGAGGCAUUUAUUUCUACACCUCAAAACUUUCACCUAGGACAGACUUUGAGUAUAAUAAUACUAUUUUCACCACAGUAAUCUCUGUAUAUAUUUGUUAACUUUGUGUUUGUGUGAAUUAGUCAGUCUGUUUUCAGACAGAGGGCAGCUGAUAUUUGGCUCAAAGCCCUGUAAGGUCAUUAAAGUUGUAUUGAUUAUACAUUCACAGUUGUAUAUGACAUUGAGCCUUAUACAUUGUUACAUUUAAAUGUCAUGUUGUGUUAAACAAAAUAGGCGUGGUGUCUCAACGGUCAGAGUGAAAAACAGAUUAAACUUUAGGCAUUGUGGUGGGUGUUUUCAUCUUUUGCUGGCUGCUUUUCUUUAUUAAUUACACAGUUGAGCCAUACACAAACUUUAGCACACCACCUAUUCUCUUUGAAGUGUUUAUCUGGCUGGGUUACUUUAAUUCUACUGCAAAUCCAAUCAUCAAUGCACUGUUUAUCCGUGGUUUAGAAAAUGUCUUAAUCUCAUUGUCACAUUAA